CAAUCUCGAAGAUUGAAUUCGUCCUGAAACCCGGAUAACCGUUUGUGAAAGUCGUGACGUGGAAGAUUUCUCCAACAGAAGAUGAAGUUUCAAAGACGCUCGACAAGCGCACAAUCUACCUCUCGAGCUUGAGGUUUCUAUACCUUCAGCAAAGACGUCCCGUUGUGAAGCUGAUACCUUGGCGAUAAGUUAAGAUGGAAAAGAAGACGUUUUACCCUUGUUCGGGCAUCUCAGAAGAUGCCUUGAGGGACAAGAUCCUCAUCAUCCCCUCUGUCUCCCUCGCCAACCUUCCUCAACUCGCUGUGGACCUCAUCAUUGCGUCACGCGAGCUCAAUCGAAUAGGAUACGUAGGAUCCGGCGACACAGUCGCCCCACUGUUAGGGUACAGUGACAUGGGUGAAGGGCUCGUUAGUGGAGGUCUAGAAGCAUACUCUCGACCGGGCUGCGAGUUUGUGGUUCUGCAACAAAGAUCUCCGGUUCUCAAGAGUCGGAAAGACCAGCAUGUCGAUCUUUUACAUUCAUUCAUCACCUCCCAUGCGUUUGCAGGCGUCAUCAUUUUGUCUAGUCUCGACGCUGCGAAUCAGAACGAUGCUCAGCUCUUAACGCCGCAUCAACUCAUCCUGCCCCCGACCGCUGACCGCUCGUGCCUCCCAAUACCACUCCAAGAACUGGCCAACCUCCCCCCUCUCUCCCUGACCAUCGAUCCCUCCUCACCAUCUCAGCCAUCUCCUCCAUCUGCUCAUAACCCAACCCACUACCCACCUUUCAUACCUGGAGGUGGACUCACUCGAAGGCUUCUCACGUCCCUUCAUGCAUCAUCGAGUUCCAGCAAAGGCAUCUCCAAGAGCUCCUCUGGUGGCUCAUCCUCAUCAUCUACGUGGGUUCAAGUGGACCUCCCAUCUGGCUCUGCGCAUACGCCCCGCGAAAGCGGUUCAACCUCAGUCACCGCUUCCCAGCCUGUACCUGCAGCCGCUGAUUCGCCCGCCCAUCUGACGGUCGUCGCUUGGUGCGUGGAAGGCGACAACAGAUCCGAUGCAAGAGCUCUGGCAGCUCUGUUGCUCAAGGCAUUGUUACCAGACUCGGGGGUCACCUUGAGACAGCCUGCGUCAUGGAAGGGUCUAUUUGGAGGACAGACGUCCAGUGGGAUUUACUCUGCCGAUGCAGAAUUGUACGGCUAAUCUGUGAUCAACGCAACGUAUGGUCAUUGUCUCUGGGCUUGGCUUGAGAUCCCUGACUCCUUCCAAUCACACUCAUGCUAAGGAUACGCUUUGCUGCAUCGUAUUCCAUAUAU